AUGCCGGUGGCGCGCGUGGAGUAUAUCGCGCCCUGGUGGGUGGUGUGGCUGCACAGCCUCCCACACCUCGGCCUGCGCUUGCAGCCUGUGGACAGCACCUUCAGGCCCCGCGAUGAGAGUUACCAGGAGUCGCUGCUGCUCCUGGGGCUGGUGGCCGCCAUCGGCCUGGGCCUGAACCUCGUCCUCCUCGCGGCCUACCUGGUCUGUGCGUGCUGCUGCCGGCAGGACGACGCGGCGCAGACCAAGCACCCCCGCUCCUGCUGCGUCACCUGGACGGCCGUGGUGGCCGCGCUCAUCUGCUGCGCUGCGGUGGGCGCGGGUUUCUAUGGAAACAGCGAGGCCAACGACGGGGUGUACCAGCUGCUCUACGCCCUGGGCGACGCCAACCACACCUUCUCCGGGAUCGAUGUGCUGGUGUCGGGAACCACCCAGAAGAUGCAGGUGGACCUGGAGCAGCACCUCGCCCGGCUGGGUGAGAUCUUCGCCGCCCGGGGCGAUUACCUCCAGACGCUGAAGUUCUUGCAUCAGACGGCGGGCAGCAUCAUUGUCCAGAUGGCAGGGGUGCCCGCGUGGACGGAGGUCACUGAGCAGCUGACUGAACUGGCCAACCAGACCAGCUACGUGGAGUACUACAGGUGGCUGUCCUACCUCCUCCUCUUCAUUCUGGACCUGGUCCUCUGCCUCCUCGCCUGCCUGGGUCUGGCCAAGCGCUCCAGGUGCCUCCUGGCCUCGAUGCUCGGCUGCGGGGUGCUGGCCCUGCUCCUCAGCUGGACCUCCCUGGCUGCUGACGCUGCCGUGGCCAUGGGCACCAGUGACUUCUGCGCGGCUCCAGACACCUUCAUCCUGAACGUCACAGAGGGCCAGGUCCGCCCCGAGGUGACCCGGUACUACCUGUUCUGCAGUCAGAGCGCAAGCAGCCCCUUCCAGCAGGCCCUGACCGUCUUCCAGCGCUCACUGACCGCCAUGCAGAUCCAGGUAGCGGGACUCCUGCAGUUUGCCGCGCCCCGCUUCCCCACCGCAGAGAAAGAUCUGCUUGGAAUCCAGCUCCUGCUGAAUUCAUCCGAGUCCAGCCUCCACCAGCUGACCGCCUUGUUGGACUGCCGGGGGCUGCACAAGGACUACCUGGACGCCCUCGCCGGCAUCUGCUACGACGGCCUCGAGGGCCUGCUGUACCUCGGCCUCUUCUCCCUCCUGGCCGCGCUGGCCUUUUCCGUCAUGACCUGCCUGGGGCCGGGGGCGUGGAAGCACUGUGCCAGGAGGGACAGGGACUACGACGACAUCGACGACGACGACCCCUUCAACCCCCAGGCCCGGCGCAUCGCCGCCCACAACCCGUCUCGGGGGCAGCUUCGCAGCUUCUGUAGCUACAGCAGCGGCCUGGGCAGCCAGGGCAGCCUGCACCCCACCCAGACCAUCUCCAACGCCCCCGUCUCGGAGUACAUGAACCAAGCCGCGCUGUUUGGCGGGAACCCACGCUACGAGAACGUGCCGCUCAUCGGAAGAGGGUCCCCGCCACCCACGUACUCGCCCAGCAUGCGGGCCACCUACAUGUCCGUGGCGGACGAACACCUGCGGCACUACGGGAACGAGUUUCCAGCCUAA